AUGGGAAAGAUAAUUUUCUACGAAGACAGAAACUUCCAGGGUCACUCUUAUGAGUGCGGUGGAGAAUGCUCUGACCUCCAUGCCCACUUCAGCCGCUGCAACUCCAUCAAGGUGGAGAGCGGCAACUGGAUGGUGUACGAGAGGCCCAGCUACAUGGGCUAUCAGUACUUCCUGAAGGAAGGCGAGUUCUCCGACUACCAGCGUUGGAUGGGCUUCAAUGACUGCGUCAGGUCCUGCCGCAUGAUCCCCCAGCACCAAGGAUCUCACCGUAUGAGAAUCUUUGAGCGCUCCGAGUUCGGAGGACAGAUGACAGAGUUGACGGACGACUGCCCCAACCUCUACGAGCGCUUCCAUUACAAUGACAUCUACUCCUGCAAUGUGAUGGAGGGCUCCUGGCUUUUGUAUGAGCACCCCGACUACAGGGGGCGCCAGUACCUGCUGACCCCGGGAGAGUACAGGAGAUACAACGAGUGGGGAAGCAUGAGCGCCAGAGUGGGCUCCAUCAGACGUAUUGCUAUGUAA